AUGCCUUCGUCUCCGUCGGCGGACAGCUCUGCCCCGCACCUCCGCAAGCCCCUUGUCACUAGCAAAGGCGCGGGCGGCGACAUGUCCAUGAUGUUCUUCGCCCAGCCCGACUGCCCCGCGAGGUUCGCCCAUCAGGACGAGCACCGCAUUAGGGGCCUUAACGCCGAGGCUAUCGCCCGCGUCCUCCUGCCGGUGCCCUCGUGGCUGCUAGAGUCAGAGUACGCACCCCUCCGGGCCGGGAGCGACGACCUGGGGCCCUCUCUCUUUUUUAGCCUAAACCUCUCCAUCUACGGCCAGCCAGUGGAGCGCCGCGACGGCCUCGAGGCCGGCCCGGACGAUACUAUUGUCUACACCGUGCCCGCCCUUAUCGUCCCCGACCAAGGUUACCACAUCCUGCCGCGCUUCUUGGCCUCCGGCAGCCAGUUCCCGUCUACGCCUCCCGUUGUCUCCUUCCAUGGCGUAGUAGCCGGGCCUGGCCUCGACCUCCUAUGUCCAGACUUCCUGCCUGGUCUCGUGCCCGACCAGCUCCGCUGCUGCGGCUUCGUCCGGCUCACGACCUACAUCGCCCCUGGCCUGCCGGACAGGAUUCCCUUUAAGGGCUACCACCCCUUCGAGGUCUUUGUUAUCUUUACCAUCUACGUUAACCCUUGGGCCGUGCUAUGCAAGAAAAUCGCUGAAAAGCCUAACUCUUCCUUCCUACCUGGCGUCCCCUUUACCUGCACCGGAAAGGUCGUCGGCCUUCUCGACCACCGCGUUAUGCUCUGUCCCCCGGGCUCAGAGCGCGAUUACGUUUUUAUCGUCGUCCCGGACAGCUGGACCUUUGUCGAGAGGCCCUCGGCGGCGGCCGCCGCCUCGGCUUCCCCCCUCGCGACGCCCCUUUGGCGCCAGACCCAAUCCGCCUCAUCUACCUUCGAUUCCGUCCGCGCCGCCUUAUACUCUGUUGCUGCGCCGGCCUCGACCGCGCCGCCCCCCCUUUCCUCGGCCCCGGCCCCGCAAACCCUCGACCCCGUCACGCCGCCGCCUAAGCGAUCGCCCCCGGCCCUUGCCGAUACGCCCAUGAAGAGGGCGCGCUUCCUGCAGCAGCAGCAUUCGCCGCUUUCCUCGUCUUCGAACACCGUCGGCUCCGCCGCCCCCUCCUCCUCUUCGCCGGCUGCUUUUCCGUCUCGACCGGACGGCGCCCCACCCGUUCCCGCUCCGACGGCCAGCCCGGAUUCCCCUCUCAACUCUAUCGCCGCGAGCACCUCCGACCCCCCCGCACGCCCUCUUCGCUAUCGCAUGCAGAAAUAA